UGGUGGCCAAGAAUGAAGAAAAUUCAAUUUCAUAGCUUCUCUCGCUGUGUAUAAAGCAGCAACUAGAGGAGUCUCUGGACUCCAUAAACUCAUUCACUCCACUAGAACUUCACACAAAUUUCAUUGGAGGGGAAAACACAUGUCUCCUGGAGAGAUGUUCACGCAUUUCGGAUCCGCGAUCGGGGGUCUGGCAGUCAUAUGGGCCAUGUUCCAGCAAUACAUCCCUCCCCAGCUCUGGGAGCACGUGGAGCGGUACACCCACAAGCUGGUGAGCUUUGUCAAUCCGUACAUUCAGAUCGUGUUUCCCGAGUUUGCGGGGGAGAAGCUGAAGAGCAGCGAGGCCUACACGGCCAUCCAGAACUACCUGAUGGAGAACGCCACCGCAGGGGCCAAGCGGCUCAGGGCGGACUCCAUCAAAGAUAGUAGCCAGCCUCUCAUUCUGAGCAUGGACGACCACGAGGAGGUCACUGAUGUGUUCAAGGGGGUGAAGGUCUGGUGGUCGUCGAACAAAACCACCCCCAAGAACAUGUCCUUUUCCUUUUUUCCGAAGACCGAGGAAAGGAGGUUUUACAAGCUUACAUUUCACCGGCAGCACAAGGAAUUGAUCACACAAUCAUAUAUCAAGCACAUCUUGACCGAAGGGAAGGCGAUUGCCGUCAAAAACCGGCAACGUAAGCUCUAUACGAACAAUCCUAGUGGCAAAUGGAGCCACGUGGUUUUUGAGCACCCCGCGACGUUUGAAACUCUGGCGAUGGAGCCGACCAAGAAGCAGGAAAUCAUGAAUGAUCUCAUAAAGUUCAGCAAAGGGAAAGACUACUACAACAAAAUAGGAAAGGCCUGGAAGCGCGGCUACCUGCUCUAUGGUCCACCUGGGACUGGUAAGUCCACCAUGAUCGCUGCCAUGGCUAAUUUCUUGAACUAUGACGUGUAUGAUCUCGAGUUGACAGCGGUCAAAGACAAUACCGAGCUGAGGAAGCUAUUGAUCGAAACUUCGGGCAAAUCUAUUAUUGUGAUUGAGGACAUCGAUUGCUCGCUUGAUCUAACGGGCCAGAGAAAGAAAAAGGAGGAGGAGGAGGAUGAUGAUGGCAAAGAAAAAGACAAUCCCAUGAAGAAGAUGGAGAAAGAAGAGAAGAAAGGGAGCAAGGUGACUCUAUCUGGUCUUCUCAACUUCAUUGAUGGUAUCUGGUCAGCUUGCGGGGGAGAGAGAGUCAUCAUAUUCACCACCAACCAUGUGGACAAGCUCGACCCUGCUCUCAUAAGGAGAGGAAGGAUGGAUAAGCACAUUGAGAUGUCAUAUUGCUCCUUCGAAGCGUUCAAGGUUCUUGCAAGGAAUUACUUGGAUAUUGAGGAUCACCCUCUACUCCCACCUAUUAGCAGGCUGUUCGACGAGACCAAAAUGACCCCCGCUGAUGUCGCAGAGAACUUGAUGCCUAAGUCCGACAACGAAGAUGCGGAGACUGGCUUGAGGAACUUGAUUGAAGCGCUCAAAGAAGCAAAGGAGCUGGAAGCGAGGAACAAAGCCGAGGAAGAAAAGCGAGGAAAGGCUGAGAAGGAAGAGCAGGAGAAGAAAGAACAUGGUGACGAGGAGGAAGUGAAAGAGAGCGGAGCAUCUGAUAAAGAGGUGAAGGAAAACGGGGUCAUCAAUGGAGGAGUGGCUGCCAAAGAAGUGAAAGAGAGCGGAGCAUCUGAUAAAGUGGUGAAGGAAAACGGGGUCAUCAAUGGAGGAGUGGCUGCCAAAGAAGUGAAAGAGAAUGGCUUCGCAGCUUAGACGUCGAAGCCUGCUGAGACUGGAAAAACGGAAUAAUAUGUAGAUUUCCUCUGCCUCGUAUUUUCUGUAUGAUGGUCAAAAGGAAAAAGAUAAGGUCUUAGUCUGUGAUCAAGUGAUGAGAGAGAACUGCAACAAUAUGAAGGUCCCAGUCUCGAGAUUUCCAGUAAUUUAGGUCUCUGAUGAUUGCAUAUUGUUCUACGUUUAAGCCUUCCUCUUCUGCUUUCUUCCUUUCUCGUUGUUUACUCGAUUUUCUUUCCGUUCUUGUUGCGCAGCAGAUAUGCGAUGAGUAAUCUCAGUUUUGUUCUUUUCUGUUCAGAUUUUUCUUGUC